CUGGGAUGGGUGGACUUUAUCCCUUAAUCAGUGAGGAAGCUGGGCGUGGAAGGCAGGCAGGGCAGCCCGGGGAGGACCUGCGGCUGCACAAGGAAGGCUCCAAACUCUUCCAAUGGCAAAAUUCCUAACCCAGGAUCAGAUCAACGAAUUCAAGGAAUGCUUUUCCCUGUAUGACAGAAAGCAGAAAGGCAGGAUCAAGGCCAGUGAUCUGAUGGUGGUCAUGCGCAGCCUGGGCACGAGCCCUACUCUAGGGGAGGUGGCCAGACACCUUCAGCUCCACAAAAUCGAUAUCAAUGCAGAACUGGAUUUUUCAACUUUCCUGACCAUCAUGUAUAGGCAAACACAGCAGGAAGAUCCAAGGAAUGAAAUCCUCUUGGCCAUGUUAAUGGUAGACCAGCAAAAGACUGGAUUCAUCUCAGUGGCUGAGCUGCAGGCUAAGCUGAUGAACCUUGGAGAAAAGCUAUCCAAAGAAGAGGUGAACACCCUCUUGAAGAAUGCCAAAGUAGGACACAACGGAUUAGUGAAGUAUGAAGACUUAAUUCAAUCAAUCACACUUCCAGUUGAUGAUUAUUGAAUUACAAAAAGAUUCUCAGCUGAUGGCAACCAUGCUGGCUUGCAACCUUCAUCAAUUCUUCUUGGAACCUGGUGCUUGUCUGCCUUUUUGCCUUAAAAAAAUAAAUGCUUUGUGGCAAAAAAGGAGGAGGAUGCUAAAUAAAGGCAGGGAUGUUGGCUCUUUCUGUGUAAAAUCUACUAUGUUUCUUUGAUUUUCUGUUUCUACUAAGUUCCUUUGAUUUUUAAGUAUUCCAGAAGAAGGUGCUCAAGAACUGGAAGUAUUUUUCAGUAUCAUGCAAUCCAUAAAGUAUGAUUCAUGAGGUAGCAUAUUAUAAGAAAUCUGCACUAUUCAGCAGUGGUGUGGUCAUUGAAUGUGGUGCGAUAAGCACUUUGCUACGGCAUCAGAAGCAGCUACGCAGAACUAGAGGCUGUGAAUAGGUUUUAAGAACCACCUUGUAACAAGGAGCUGUGCAGCCACACAGAUGUACCAGGCAGAAGGAGAAAGCUACAAUUAAGGUUCUUUCAACUUGCACUCAUUUUCUUUUUCUGUCAUUGCAUAUUUACUUAAGAAUUUAUCUCUGCAAAAACAGUGUCAGUAUUGUGUAUCCUCAGAAAGUUAUUCCACAAGAGAGAAUGUAAUAAUGUUUUUUAUUACAUCUAAAGAUGUUUUACAUAAACAAGUAACAUUCAAUAGGGUAAACCAUUUCUCUUCCAAUGCAUGUAAUAAAUAUUUUCACUUGGUACUUUUAUACAAACUGACAUCAGUCUACUAUACAUUUUUAAAAGCCACUUUUUAAAACUUGUUUGGCAUGCUGUAUGGAAACUUAGGAGAAAGUUUAAGGCAAUGAAUCACAGAUCUGAGUUUAUGGAAUCACUUUUUUUUUUGUUUUCACUUUAUAUACAUAAUGUCUUCCCUUUUGUUAAUCAGAACAAUUAACAGCAGCACACAUUGGGGCCUCUGGCAGUUUUAUUUCCAUAGAAAUCAAAGCUCUUAUUGAAGAAAAAUAAAACAAUUAAGAAACCAUAAUUUCAAAUUUUAUUAUGAAAAACUAUGAAAUGCUUAAUAUAAUGAAAAAGCUUAGCCAAAGAAUUACUAGCAAGAAUCAGCUUCAGGUUGAUAAGGUAUUUAUGUUUCAGUAGGGUAAAGAAGAAACAUGGGAAUGCCAUGAAAAUACUGAGAGACUGGGUUGCAAUUUUGGUUUUGCAUUUAGGUUUUUAAAAAGAAAAACUAUGCGUCCAGUUAAUGCCCACAGAAGUGAUUCAAAAUCACUCUAUUUAUUAUAGAAGAAUCCUGCAUCUGUGUGUACACACAGAGCACAACAUACAGAGAGUACAAACAAGACAUACAAGCAAGCAAUAAACACACACACACACACACACCCGCACGCGUGCACACACACACACACCUCUCUGUUGGAAAAAAUAAGCUCCCUCCUCUCCAAAGCAAAUAUACAUUAUGAAAUACAUAGAAUAUAUCUUACACGGUCAAAUUAAACAAAACAUAUGCCUUGACUCCCAGAAAAAUUCCACAAUUAUCAAAAACUACUUUGGCAAGGAAAUCUUACUACAGAAGAAAAUCCUGUAGUCAAAACUGUUGUGACUCCCAAAGCACAAGUCAGAUGCAUGUUUUGAAUUAACUAACUUCCCAGGUCUCAUUUAUGCUGAAAGGUUUAGGAGGUGAAGGAGGAAGCAUCAUUAGCUACCUCAAGCUUCCAUUUUGGAUGUUGUUUAAUUUCUCACAUUCAAGUUAUCAAUGCUGCUUUCAGGUGCAACCUCUCCCAUUCCUUUACAGUAACUGAUGGCUUUUAUCUGGUCUGUUGAAAAGCUUGAGUACCAGCAGGAGGCACUUUUGGUUUCACGAUUUAUCCAAUUAAUUUAACAUGGAGCAAGUCCUAUGUCUCCAGCAACACACAAUUUUUCAUCAGACUGGGGGCCGGAUCAAAAUCAAGUAUCCCGGAGUUCCCCCAAGCCCAGAAUGCGCCUCAGUCACAUGGAGAGGAAGCUCAACGUCCUACCCACUAAUCCACUCAAAGCAGUGCAGAAAUUCCUGGCAGCAUCUUGAAAAGGUUUCUCAACAAGCUCGUUAUGGUAGAUGCAGAUGCAGAGGAGGACUGACACAGCAGCAGAGCACAGCACCGUAUGAUUCACUGUCAGUGCAAACACACCUCAGACGACUACUUGCUACUUGCCCAAUGCGUUUGUAUGUACUGACGCUCCAUCACUAUACAUGGAGCUCAACUGCGACUCAUUUUUAUAUACACUGUGGCUAUAUUCUCCGGCUUAGCAGCCUGGAAAGUGUGCAUCUUACAAUGUGUUUGGUAGACAUAUAUUCAGACAUCUGUUUCCACAUUUAAUAAAAGCAAUUAUUUGGACUGUGCAGAAAUGUCAGAUAGAAGGCCACAGAGUUUCAAGAGAAUGGUGCCAAUUCUGGCUCUGCCUCCAUACGUCUGGCUUCAAACAAGGCCAUUUCCAAUCUUCACUUGGAACACACAGAGGAGAAAUUUUAAAUGUUAGGUAUAAUUCUUAAGCCAGUAUUAGUUUUAAUGCCCCAAGCUAUAGUGAAUUUAGAAAAUAUUACUGAUUUCUACUUGUUUCUUUAAAUUUUACUGCCAUUUAAUAAAUUAGAAACUAGCAAGGAAACAUUGGCCACACAUUAAUAGAACACAUGCAUGGAACAGAAUACACACCCUCGCUCUCACACGAACAUAUCUAUAAAUACAUAUAUACACACGCAUGUACAUAUAAACAAACAUUCCUAAAAUUCAAAUCAAAAUGGAAAUGGAAAAUGGAACAUGUUUUAGAAAAUCCAAUAUAAUAUUUCUGUGGUCUAUAUAAAAAAAGUUCAUUUGUGAUUAAAAGUUGGUAGCUUGUUACUGAUUUAAAGUUUCACUGAAAAACAGCCUUGAAAAUAAAAGUUUGGAAAAAAUACUAUCAUUUGCAGACUUGGUUCAAAGAACUAGCUAACAUGGUUUCUGAUUAAGAUGAAACAAAAAGCCUGCCUUGUUUUACCACGUUGCUUCCUCCCACUGAAAUCUUCAUCAUUUGUAAACCUUGGUUUUAAAUGUGACCUAUAAAAUGUUUUAACCUCAACAUGGGUUUUGGGAUGCAGCAAAUUUCAUCUGACUUCCCCAUCCUUUCCCUUUUAAAACCUCAUUUUCAUGCUUUGCUAUUUAACUGGGGAAGAAUGUUUUAAAAAUUCAGCCAGCUUGAAAAAAAGUUUUGUAACUAAACAUUUAUCCCUCAGUGUGGAAUUUACAAAUGCUGAAAGGGUAACACACAGAUCUUUCUUCAGAAGAAAUUAUGAGGUAAGAAAUGGUGAAGUCAUUUAAUACAUUUUGAAGGAAGGGAGGGGGAUAAUCAUCUUGUUGACUUCUACUCUCCACUAAGCUGCUGUAAAAAAGGAUGGACUUUUAGUCAUAAUUUAAUGGGCCACUCUUUAACCCAAUCCUACUCAAAUUAGUUCUACCAAAUCCGACUGAAUUCAAUAGGGCACGUUUUCCCAACCCCCCCAAAAAAUGCUUCUAGGAUUGGACCCUGGUGUACAUGAUGUGCCAGUGGGAUCCUCAGCUGCACAAUAAAUUCAUUGAAAUUACAUUAUUUCUCUUAAAUAUUGAUGGGUUGGCUCUAUUCAGUAAGCAUGUCCUAAAAAUUCCACCGAUCACUUUUUUAAGGAAAGAAAAGUCUUUAGCACUCCAGAUGUACAUUUUUUAAGCGCCAAGGCAAUGCUGAACUAUCUCAACAAAGCGAGUCUUCACUGGCAGCUAGACUUUCAGAACCCAU